AUGCAGAUCAUGGACUUGCAGACGCAGCUCGAGCAGCUUGCCGCGCAAAACCGCUCGCUCGAGGAGGCCAGAGCCAAGGCCGAAGAGACUUUGCAGGCGACAAACUAUCAGCGCGAAGUCGAUUCGCAGGUUGUAACCGAAGCGGUCGAUGCACGUGACCGCGAACUGCACCAGAGAGAUAUCGACAUCGGGCAGCUCAGGGACACGCUACAGAACCUGCAGGGAGAGAUAGCCAGACUCACCGAACUCAACAAUACCCUCAGCGAAGCCAAUCGCAACCUUACCAACGAUGCGAACCAGCGAUAUGCGCAGCUCCAAGCGGAAGGCCAGCUCGUUCACGGCCAAUGGCAGCAAUCGUCAAGAGAGCUCGAGGAGCUGCGAGCCAAGCAGGACCAGAUGACAAGAGGCAUGGAAGACGCAGUGCGCACUGAGAUUGCAAUGGCGCUCGAUGAUCGCACCGCCGAAAUCGAACGCCUGAAUGCCGAACUGGCAAGCGCGCGAGAGCAAAUCAAGACUCUGCAGAAGCAGAUACUAACUUCUAAGCAACCCAACGAGAGUUUCCUCACCGUUCGCGAUGAGGACUACUUCGACAGCGCAUGCCAACAGCUUUGCCAGCAUGUUCAGCAAUGGGUGCUGCGCUUCUCAAAGUUCUCAGAUACUCGAGCUUGUCGCUUGUCAUCUGAGAUUGCUGCCGAUACGAGACUGGAUUCUGCGACGCGGCAAAAGAUUGACACCCGUCUCGACAAUGCUAUUCUAGAUGGCUCCGAUGUGGAUAUGCUUCUCGCAGACCGCGUGAAGCGAAGAGACGUUUUCAUGUCUGUGGUUAUGACCAUGAUCUGGGAGUAUGUCUUUACGAGAUAUCUCUUCGGUAUGGACCGAGAGCAGCGACAGAAGCUCAAGUCGCUGGAGAAGACCUUGUCGGAAGUUGGUCCGACACGCGCUGUCGCGCAGUGGCGCGCGAUCACACUCACCCUUCUCUCGAAGCGAGAAGCAUUUAUCCAGCAACGCGCGCAAGACACCGAAGCCGUUGUCCACGAAAUCUACAGCACUUUGGCCACCCUUCUUCCUCCGCCUUCCCAUCUCCAACGCCAAAUUCAAGAAUCGCUGCGCAACGUAAUGCGCCUCGCCGUCGAGCUUUCCAUCGAGAUGCGCACACAGCGCGCAGAAUACAUCAUGCUUCCUCCUCUGCAACCGGAGUACGACACCAAUGGCGACCUCAUCGCCAAAGUAACCUUCAACGCGUCCCUCAUGAACGAGCGCUCUGGAGAAACCACAUCCAACGACGAACUUGAAGCGAGGGGCGCCAUAGUCAAGAUCGUUCUGUUCCCGCUAGUGGUGAAGAAGGGCGAUGACUUUGGAGAGGGUGAGGACGAGAUUGUGGUCUGUCCUGCACAAGUCCUGGUCGCUAGACCAAGCAACAAGAAAGUGGUGAGGGUAAUGAGUGGCGCUAUGAGCGUCGAUUCAAGGCAGCGGAGUGUGGCGAGCCUUGCGCCCGAGAGUUCGGUCAUGGAUUUGAGCGGAAGUAAUGUGAUAUAG